UUGGAUUCAGAAACAAAUUAACUGCGCGCUCUUCCUCUGCCGCCUGUUCAACCAUCUCCGCAGACACUCCAACUCCCAAGGUCGUUAUUUGUUUUCCUCUCAAAAUAGUCUUCUCUUUAUUUCUUUAUUUACACUGCAGGAACUUGUGUCUACAUACGUGCAUAUUUCUAUAUAAUCUCCGAAUCCCUAUUGCUUGAUUCUUAACAUUUAAAAAUUAAACAAAUUCACAAAAUGGGGGGUUUUGGAGUUCUUCUUCUGGUGCUGGUUUUAACAUCUGGCAGCUGCAGUUGCAGCAGACACAUUCUCAACAUGGCAGAAGCACCAAAGCCCAACUCGGCCACCAAGAACGAGUCGCAGCUGAGUCUUGACAAGGUGAGGCAGGCUUUGAUCAGCCAAGAAGACACCAUCGUGUAUAGGCUGAUCGAGAGAGCAGCCUUCCCUCUCAACUCUCCCACCUACCACCGCAAAUUUUCAUCUUCUCCUUCUCUGUUUCACUUCCUUGUCAAGGGCACCGAGGCCCUUCAAUCUCAGGCCGGUAGAUAUGUGAUCCCAGAACAACUACCCUUUUUCCCAGAAAACUUGCCUCCUUCGUUGCUGCCGCCUCCUGCUGAGCCACCGGUAUUGCAUCGUGCUGCAGCUUCAAUUAAUAUUAACGAGAAGAUAUUGGAUAUAUAUUUGAAACAAUUUCUUCCUCUGUUGGCUGUCCCCGGUGAUGAUGGAAACUAUGAAGCAACUGCCUCCAGCGAUCUUGAGUGCUUACAGGCAAUCUCGAGUAGGAUCCAUUAUGGAUACUAUGUUGCUGAGGUCAAAUUCAGGGAUGCUCCUCAAGAUUAUGAGCCUGCCAUUCGCGCUCAGGACAGAGAAGGUCUGAUGAAAUUGUUGACAUUUACGGCUGUGGAAGAGAAGGUGAAGAAGAGAGUUGAGAAGAAAGCAGUGAUCUUUGGGCAAGAAGUGAGCCUUGACAGCGACACUAAUGGUGUAAAACAAAAUGGAACUGCAAAUGGGAAAUACAAGGUUGAUCCGUCUCUAGUUUCUCGUCUCUAUGGAGAAUGGGUUAUGCCUCUCACAAAGCUUGUUCAGGUCGAGUACCUCCUUAGACGCCUAGACUAGACACUUUGAUUGUUAAACUACAUCCAUAUUCAAGUCAAUCUCUGUCCAAUUCUUGCAUGUGUAUCAUUCACAAAUUCAUUUGAGGUGUAAAAGGGUCAUGAGCCUUCAGAUUUGAAUCAUUCAGACUUGUAAGGCCAGCUGUAUGCCUGGAAAUUUGAGUGUAUUAAAAACUUUUAGAGUUUCAAAUAUAAUUUUUAUUUUAUUUC